AUGAAGAAGAAUGAGGGGGAAUGCAAACAUGAAAAGGAGGAGGCAAAGAAUAAGGAGCAGACAAGGAAGAAGAAGGAGGAAGAUGCAAAGAAGAAUAAGAGGCCUAGGAAGAAAAGCAGAGGAGGGAAAGAGAAUGAAAGAGGAGAAAUAGAAACAGGUGAAGAAGGACAAGAUGGAGCUGAAGAAGAAUAA